UUCCUUCCCCCGACCUAAAAUGGCCGAUUUCGGAAUCAAAAAAAGUACCCCCCUCAGGCACCCCCCUGGAGGGGGGCCCCUGGGUUCCGCCUGUCGCCUUUGUAGAGUUUUGGCCGGCCUUGUUUGUAAACGAGCCCCCGAGCCAGUUGCGCCAAAGGCGAAACACUUGCGCGGCAGAUGCGCGCUUGCCCUUUCUACUCGAGAAGGAGUCGCGGCUGGUCCGGGCCGAUAGGCUUGCAGAAAUGGGGCGGGCCGCUACUAGCCGCAACGCAGACAAAUCAUCUCGCCCCGCCGCCACCCCGUGGGAGGGGGGUGCUCGAUUUUUGAUGUACUUCUGGAAUUUUCCUUGUCUAAUCCCUGUAUGUGUACCAGCAAAAUAA